UUGUUUCCCCUAGUAACUCACAUGGAAACCUGUGUUUUGAGUUUCGGCGCGGACCACUACAAUAAGAAAUUAUCCGAAGCAAAGGCGGCUUUUUCACCUUAAGAGUGAGCAGCGGUUUCGACACUAUACAAUUAUUAUAAACUGCACAGCUAUGAAAAUCGAGGAGGUAAAAAGUACCACGAAAACUCAAAGGAUCGCCUCACAUAGUCACGUCAAAGGACUCGGGCUCGACGAGGCCGGGAAUGCUAAACAGACAGCAUGUGGACUGGUCGGCCAGGAGGCUGCAAGAGAGGCCUGUGGCAUCAUUGUUGAGAUGAUCCGCUUCAAAAAGAUGGCAGGAAGGGCAGUUUUACUGGCAGGACCACCUGGAACAGGAAAGACGGCCCUCGCAUUGGCUGUGGCGCAGGAGUUGGGAAACAAGGUGCCUUUCUGCCCCAUGGUUGGCAGUGAAGUCUACUCGACUGAGAUMAAAAAAACAGAAGUACUGAUGGAGAAUUUCAGGAGGGCAAUCGGGCUGCGCAUCAAAGAAACCAAGGAGGUGUACGAAGGAGAAGUGACAGAGCUGACCCCCUGUGAGACGGAGAAUCCUAUGGGCGGCUACGGCAAAACAAUCAGCCACGUCAUCAUCGGCCUAAAGACCGCCAAAGGCACGAAGCAGCUCAAGCUGGAUCCCAGUAUUUACGAGAGUCUUCAGAAGGAGCGUGUGGAAGUGGGAGACGUCAUCUACAUCGAAGCCAACAGUGGAGCUGUUAAGAGACAAGGGCGCUGUGACACCUUUGCGACAGAGUUUGACCUGGAGGCAGAGGAGUACGUCCCACUGCCCAAAGGUGACGUCCACAAAAAGAAGGAGAUAGUCCAAGACGUCACGCUGCACGACCUGGAUGUUGCAAACGCUCGACCCCAGGGAGGUCAGGAUAUCCUGUCUAUGAUGGGACAACUGAUGAAGCCCAAGAAGACAGAAAUCACAGAUAAGCUUCGCGCUGAAAUCAACAAGGUGGUGAACCGCUACAUAGACCAAGGCGUGGCCGAGCUCGUACCCGGUGUGCUGUUUGUGGACGAGGUGCACAUGUUGGACAUCGAGUGCUUCACCUACCUGCACCGCGCCCUGGAGAGCAGCAUCGCCCCCAUCGUUGUGUUCGCCUCAAACAGGGGGAACUGUUUGAUCAGAGGGACGGAGGACAUCAGCUCUCCACACGGGAUCCCUCUGGACUUGCUGGACAGAGUUAUGAUAAUUCGCACCAUGUUGUACACGCCUCAGGAGAUGAAGCAGAUCAUCAAGAUUCGCUCUCAGACGGAGGGGAUCAGCAUCAGCGAGGAAGCGCUCACACACCUGGCAGAGAUCGGCAACAAGACCACCCUCAGGUAUGCUGUGCAGCUGCUGACACCAGCCAGCCUACUGGGCCGAGUUCAGGGGAAAGAGACGGUGGAGAAGGAGCAGGUGGAGGAAAUUAACGAGUUGUUCUACGACGCCAAGUCUUCUGCUAAAAUCCUCCAAGACCAACAUCACAAGUUUAUGAAAUAAAACCACGGUUCCAUUUUUUUUUCCUCACAGGCUGGAUGUGAAAGCUCUGAUCCACAGUUUGUUCCUUUUAUCUUUCCAUUUUUUUUCCUCUGUGUCAUUUACUGUAGUUCUGUUCAAAUAAAUUUAAAGUUUUGUUCUUAU